GUUCUAUAUCAACGGUGUACGGUUUAUCCUAUAUAUAGAUAUGAAUCCUGUAGGUUCUAUAUCAACGGUGUACGGUUUAUCCUGACUGGUCUGGGUCCUCUUCUGGUUCUUAUUCUGCUCAACUGGAAAAUAUUUAUCGGAGUCAAGUACAGCCAUGUACGGUCGAGUAACCGAGCCAGGUACGAGGUUAAGCUGGCCUCUAUCCUCCUAUACAUUGUCCUCGUGUUCCUAGUUUGCAACUUUCCAAGAAUUCUGCUGAAUUUCUAUGAGUUUGUUCUGGAGGAGGAAAUCACAAGGUGCGGGGACCGUAUACGGGUUCCAAACUGGUUUAUUUGCUUGACCAGCCUAAACCAUGUGUUGCUGACCUUCAGCUCCUCUGCUAACUUCUUCAUCUACAUCUCCUUUAAGGACAAUACUUUCUGUUGCUUAAAAUCCAGGGAAGAACAAGGACCAGAAAGCUUCAACAUGGUUGUUGUUAAUGCAGAGAAUGCUGUUGAAGUUUACCAAGAUAUUACCCCAACUGUUAUAAGUAAAUUUAGUAUGUACGACAUGGAAGAUCAAAGAUCAGAGAAUACAAGAGAUCUCAGAGAUAUGGUGAACCAGGAAUAGAUGUGAGGGAUAUGGUGAACCAGGAAUAGAUCUAUGGGAUAUGGUGAACCAGGAAUAGAUCUGAGAGAUAUGGUGAACCAGGAAUAGAUCUAUGGGAUAUGGUGAACCAGGAAUAGAUCUAUGGGAUAUGGUGAACCAGGAAUAGAUCUGAGGGAUAUGGUGAACCAGGAAUAGAUCUGAGGAAUAUUGUGAACCAGGAAUAGAUCUGAGGAAUAUUGUGAACCAGGAAUAGAUCUGAGGGAUAUUGUGAACCAGGAAUAGAUCUAAUGAAUAUUGUGAUUCAGAUUAAGCGAUCAGGAUUAAGUUUUCAGCUCGGGUUUAUAACGAUAUCUUUACUAUCUUGUGUCGGGCUCGCGGAAUCCCACAUUAAGAGAGAAUAGCACACUAAAGGAAACUUUUUAGAGUCUAAGCAUUUCUAAAGAUUUUAAUCUGAGCUGAGAAAUUUUAUUUCUUUUUAAGUCAACAAAGUGAGCUAAAUUUUAAACUUUAGAAAGGUAAUUUUGGGAUUUAAUUAGUUUUAGAACUCAAUAGCAACGUCAUGUUGUGGAUAAAAAUAAACUAUAAGUUAUAACAUUUCUGUAUAAUAAAAAACCAUAUUGUUAAAUGUGAUGUAUUUGGCUGUAUUUGCUGUGAUAUAUAAAUGUAUACAUAUGUAAUGUUUCAUAUAAAAGUAUUUGUUACAGAUAUAUAUUUUGUUAUACGUGAAGAAAAAUAAAAAUCAAAGAAAAAAAGUAAAAAAUUCCAGAAA